AUGUUAAGAUGUCCUCGACCCGCCGAAAAGGAUGGUGUACACUAUCACUUCGCUACGAAAGAUCAAAUGUCGGCAGCCAUAACAAAGGGUGAAUUCAUAGAAACAGCGGUAUUCAGUGAAAACAUGUAUGGAACCAGUAAGAAAGCAGUUGAAGCCGGCGAACUGGGAGAAUAUGUGUUCUCGAUAUUGAAAUUGAGGGUGUGA